GAUGGAAAACAUACAUGUCAAAAAUAAAGAGAAGCCUGCAGACAUGCCCAAAAGAACAAAACAUUCUUUGGAAGAUUCAGAAAGUGCAUCCGCGGACUCCUCUGAGUCUUCUGACUCAGAGUCAUCAAGCUCGGAUUCAUCAAGAGAGAGGAAGAAGAAGAAGGUGAAGAAAGGGAAGAAAAGAGUUAAAAAAAUGAAAAAAUCCAAGCAUGAAAGCAAAUUCUUUCCAAGAGUUACUGAACCAUGGCAGGUGGUGAAGCGCUACAAAGCAGUGCUGGAGAUUUUCGACAGAGGAAGCAACAUGACAUUUGCAUUCAGAAAGUAUGGUGUGGACCGAAACACAAUCGUGCAGACUGCAGUUAUUGCUGAACUGGCCAUUGCAGCUCCAGAAAAAAAUUCCGAAAUUCAAAACAAUCGGGGAGAGAAAUUAUCAAGCAUUACCCAAAAAUGUCAAGAUGCUAUUAUGGCAGAUGAAAGCAUUGCACAUAAAAUACAAGCUAUGAAAAAAGAGGGCAAAUUGUUUCCAAUAAGAAAAUAG